AUGUCUAACAAAAACGAAAACUCUGCCUCCGGCAUUUCUGCCCAAGGCGACAACCUUGAGCUGAACCAGCAGUUCAAGAAACUGUCCAUCAACCCUCACGAUGCCAAGUUUGAGCAGACUGCGCAAGACCCCGACACUGUGGAUGUCAUGCCCAAGGAGGCAAAGCCAGACAAAGGUAAGGAGAUCGCGAAGGCAGGACCUUCCGAUGCUCAGGUAAGUACCCCCAACAUCCCAGAGCCCCAAUCCCGCCCUGGCUAUUCUUGCCAAGUCAUCGAUUACAAUCCCAGCAUGGGAUGGCAGCCCGACGCCGACAUGUUCGACCCCCUCCCAGAGAACUACUACGAGCAAGCCACCCGUCCUCUUCCACAAGUUCCUGAGGAUUCGAUCGGUCAAAAUCUUGCUAGUGCUCUGGAAAAUCUGAACCUUCACCGAAUCAGCCAAGAGGAACGCGUCUACAUCGCCCAGCUUUUCAUGAAGAAGCCAUAUGCGGAUAUCAAAUUUGAGCUUGAGAAGGUGGGUAUUGUCUAUGAUGAUCUUACUUCGGAGGACCUGUGUGAGAUUAUUACGAUUAUGACUGAAGCGGAUUAG